GGCCUUCUGGCGAGCCGGCGGGCGGGCAGGGCCGGAGCAAGAGGGGGACGGGCUCCGGCCGGCUGCGAGCGAGGCGGGACCGAAGGAGGAGCCUCCUGGCUGCGCUCUCGCUGGGCGAAGACUGCGAGCGGGGGGGGGGGGGGGCGGAUCCGGGACUUCUUGGGGAAGGGGAGACGACCCUCGGGCCGCUUUGGCCCCGGGACCCUUUAGCGGUGGCCCCCGAAGGGCGAGCGACGCCCCCCCCCCCGCACGUCCAGCCUGCAACUCGCGCUAUGAAGACAGGGCUGGCGGUCGGGCUUCCUUCCCCUUUGCAGCGCUCUGAAAGCGGCGCGAGUUGUCCGCACGGGCUCCGGAGUAACUGCGGGGCUCUUUGUUGCGGGACUGUUCCCCUGAGCCAAAUCGCUACCCUUCGCUAGCCUCCACCUUCCUGGCACCCAGCCAAAAACGUGAAGCAGAACCAGCAACAACCACAUACAGGCAGGGAUGGAAACAGAUCGAGCAGGUUGGGAAGCCGGAAGCUUUGCUUGCAUAAUGUCUGGGGUUUUCCAAUAAGAAAAAGCAAGCUAGCUGGUUGCUGAUUGACACAGUCAACUUUGUGAAUGAAUGGUGAGAAUCUCCUCAGCCAGCUUCAAAUUCACAGUCUGGAUAAGAAACAGCACCCUACAUCACAGCAAGAAUCCUGAGUGUAUUUCUCCAAGCAUGCCUGACAAUUUAGCAUUUCUGGGAGCCACCUGAAAGGCACCAUUUAGCACAGGUGCUCACAAGGCACACCCCAUCUCUGCGCAAACAUCAGGCAUACUUCUGUAAGUAGCCAAAGACUUCAUGGCCAAAAGUGAGGACCUCCGACACUGGGAAGCAAAGAGGCGAGAUGUCAAAAGGGCAGAGGUCCGGCUCAAUUGUGGGCUGCGGAGUUUGGAAGAAGCUCGGCUUUCCUAUUUGAAUUCAAUGACCAAGGAACAGAGGCGACUCCAGCAGGAACUCCAGAAGUUGCGGAAAAGCCGCCCCAAGCAGAAGCUAUUCCUGGGCCCAGGACGUAUUGGCAUAAACAUGAGACUACCGCUACUAUCCCAUCAGACAAAGUGGGAUAGCAGCUCCAAAGAUGCAGCACAACGCAUGAGGAAAGCCAAGCCAGGAGGCCCGUCAAGUACAAGCCAGCUUCCCUCACAUCCACACAGUAGUGAUGUCUUAGGCUGUGAAGAAGUUGGAAAAGGGCAUUUGCCACCAUUGAAAACUAAGGACCAAAGUUCUGUGGCUGACAGUGAAGUGACGGCUCUUAAAAACACCAUCGCCAAGCAGCUGAGCAUCUUGGAAGAACCUGCAAAGGGAGAAGAGCCCGGUAACAGACAGGAGCAAGGGAGAGAUCUCACAGCAGAAGAGUCUAGAGAUGCUGGAUGUAAGGACCCCACAGAUAAACCUAUGAAUCCCCCAGGGAAGCGAAGACCUUCUUUUGUUCACGAGAAGCUGAUUCUAGAUGCAGAGGCCUAUGCUGCAGAUGGACGCCUCAGGACUAUGUAUUACAGACCCAAUUUCACCAAGUCAUAUGCUGAAGCUCGGAAAUUCCGUUACAUCCGGCACAAGAACAUUCCAGCUUGGGAAAAAGAACUCAGCCUCCAGGAAAUAUUUGGGCACAAAACUCUGCAACAACAGACUAUGAUUAAUCCUAAACCCUAAACACUGGGGUAUUUGGCCUACUCAAGGAAUACCAAGCCUUGGGCAGGAAAAAAGGGCAUUUAUCUAAUAGCCCAUGGCAUAGACCUUAAAGAGUCAGCCUAAAACAGGCUACACAGCUUGUGUCUCAGAAAAUCUAUCAGUUGUGUUUUAUGGUUUGUUUGGCAGAUGGUUGCUCAAGACCCUGCUGGGCUGCAUUCAAUUUCGAUCAUAUUGUGUAGGCCUGGCUUAAAAUCUAGGCCCAGAUGUAACGUUUUCUAGAGCAUAGUGCCAUUUUCUAAAGCAUAGUGCCUCUGAACAUCUCUUGCCUUGAAAACUUCGUGGGACCACCAUAAGUCAGGUGUGACUUGACAGCAAAUUAAAAAAGCGUCCAUUUUAAGCUGGAUGUUGAAGAUUUUGGACAAAAAUUUCACUGAAUAAAGGGAAAACUACCUCUUCUCAGAAGGGAAACAAAUGGCAGAGCUAGACACUGAGGCCAGGAAUCAGUACUGGUCUGUACGAGAUAGGGAGCUACUGCUGUUGUCACGCUGAUAUCAGUAGCUGAACUCCAGCUUGGCAUGCAGAAUAUCCCAAAUUCAAUCUUUGGCGUCUCCCAUUAGAGAUUUUUGGUAUCCCUCCUUCUGCUGUAAUAAACCAUCUUGGCUUAA